GGCAGAGAAUUAAAUUAAGUAACCUCAACAAUCUGCAGCCUUGUUGUGUUGUUAUUGUUGUUGUGUCGGUCCAGUGCACCCAACAUUCCGUUUACUCCUAAAUGUCGGACUGCACCUUUAACGCCUCUGUGGCGGUGUUCCUCCAAUUAGCGUGAAGGUGGAGCUCAGGGAGCGACCUACACCCGACACGCCGUCCGGAUCGGAUCGGAUCUGCUUUCUGUGUUUUCUCCCGUUUCCUGACGGCGGAGAGAGAAGAAGUCAAAGCGCGUGAAGUCGCUCUGUGAUCCCAGACCGCCGACCGGGUCCGGUGGCGGUGGAGGAGGAAGAUUUCCCGAUGAUUGAAGUAUCGAUCCCUUCGAUGGAGAAGGAAGUGGAUGAGUCCGGGAAGUCCCGCAAGCUCUUCAGAGUGGAAGUCUUGUUUAACGGGAGGAAACAUUUUGUGCUCCGAAGAAACAGCGAAUUCCAGACUCUGCACCGAAAACUUCGGAAGAUCAUCCAGACUCCAGAUCUCCCGAGCAAAAGGAACCCCCAUCUGAGGACCAAACCGCUGCAGCAGAGGAGCCAGGAGCUUGAGGACUACGUCCAGGACAUCAUUUACCAAAAUGAAGACGUGCCGCAGGUGCUGCUGGACUUCCUCCACCUGAAACACUUCCACACGGGGAACAAGGUCAGCAGCAUGGAAUCACUUGAUGAUUUGGACAGUCGAGAUUACAGUUAUCCGUUACCAAAUCAGCGAGUGGCGGGAUUCUUUUUGGAUCCGUACCUCUCCGACCGCGCAUCGGGUCUCCCAGAUGUCGUCGUGGACGGCGUCCUUCAGGGUCUCUAUCCCCGCGACGUCCGGGUCAGCUUCACAGAGACCGACCCCGGCACGUCUGUGUAGGCCCGAAGUCACGGAUAGGAUGAUGGGCGAGAAGCAUGUACAAUACAGCCAAACCGCCGUGCCUGAAAGGAGGAGUAAAGAAAAAAACAGCCAAAAGGAAUCAUGGAAUUUGGUGUGGGUGUUUUUUAGUUUUUUUUUACUAGAGCAGUGUGGGGCUGUAGAACAUGACUUGUAAUCCAGGCAGCAGAAGUUUUUUUUUUUUGUUUAGGAUAUAUUUUGUCAGUAGAUUCAAACUUUGUUUGUCAAAUUCGUAUAUAUUUGUAAGGAUUUUAGUUCAUUAAGACUGAAUUGAAUGUAUGUAUAUUCAUAUAUGUCAGGGUCAGGUCAAUGGUUAAGACUAUUUGUCAGCGUAAACAAAUCAUUUGAGUUAUGUACUUUUGUAUCACGUUUAUACUGAAAUUAUAAUGAUCUAACACGAUGCCUCUUGUUUCUCUAUCUAAACCUGAGCUGAAGAAGCAUGUGAUGUUUUUCCCAUUAAAACAUUUCUUACACAUUUUAA